GUCGACUUACCUAUCCCUAGUAAUCUUUAUUGAGAAGAAUAUUGGACAUUGUUGGUGGCUUGUCGAGAGUUGGGACAAUACAACACACACAAAAUGGGCAAAGGAUUUAAUAAUUACAUGUGCAAAAAAUUCUUCCAUCCCGCAUCCAGGGACAAUCUGAAGCGGGUAUGGAUGGCCGAGCAGCAAGCUGAAGCUUAUAAAAAGAAGCAGGAGGAGCUUCGCAGCCAGUACGAGAAGGAACAAAAUUUGCAUGAAAACAAGGCCAUGAUAAGCAAAGAGAGCAGGGACAAACUUAGUGUGAACUUUAUGUACGAGCCUCCGCCAGGUGUACGGAAGGAACGCGAAAAGGAUGAUAAUGAGCCAGAAUACAAAUUCGAGUGGCAGCGGAAAUACAAUGCGCCUCGUGAGUCUUACUGCAAAGGUGAUACUGAAAUCCGGGACCAACCCUUUGGCAUUCAAGUCCGCAAUGUCAGAUGUAUCAAAUGUCACAAGUGGGGUCAUAUAAACACCGAUAAAGAAUGCACAAUGUACAGCAUAUCGAUGAGUGAAGCUCGAAAACUGCAUUCGGAGGCAGAAGCUGCCGAUAUCAUGACCAAAUCAGUCUUGGAAGAACAGAUGAAAAGUGAUGGUUUAAUGAUGAAACGUUCCGCCUUGGAACUGCAAAACACCAAUAGUCAAACUCAUGCUCUGGUUCCUAGCGACCCCGAGGACAAUUCCAGAUCCAAUGGCGAGGAGGAGGUCAAUCCUGAGAAAACGUUUUUGAAAUCACUUACUAAGGAGCAGAAAAUUAAACUGCUUAAAAAACUUGAGAAAAUAGAAAAACUAAAGAAAGGUAAGAGUGACAAAAGCAAGAAAAAAACAAAGUCCAAAAAGGAUAAGCGCCGUGAAAAGUCGGGAAAAAGUAAAUCAAGACACAAGAAAAAACCAAAAUCAGACAGCUCUUCGUCAUCAGACACGGACAGUGAAGACGAUUCCCGCAAUGACCAUCUCCAGGAAACCAAAAAAUACAGUGACAAAGAACUGCAUUCGCGUUCACAAGAACUAGCAAAAGAUCGGAAUGAUGGCCGUCAAAUGUCCAGAUCUAGAGAUCGUAAACAUAUAGGCAGAACAUCAAAAUCCAGAUCACGGGAACGAGGUCCCAGGCGUAGCAGAUCUAGAUCUCGAGAGCAUCAUCAACGACACAGACGUUAGAUUAUUUAAUACCUAUUUGUAAAAAAUAUAAAUCCAACCAAUAAAGAUUUUUUACAAAACAACUAAAUAAAAAAGUGGAAAAAAAAUAAAUCCAACCAAUAACGAUUUAAAAAAAAUAAUAAAAAUAAUUUUAAUUGAUAUUUAUGAAUACCAUA